CCAUCAUUAACAACGUAAAUUACAAAAAGCAUGGGACAAAAAAAGGGAGGAGACACAGAGAAAACGAGAGACAGUGAGGUUUGCUUGAUAGAAGCUGUGCUUCGUAGAAAGAGAGAGGAAGGGAGAAGAUCAUCAAGGCCAAUAGAGUAACAGGGAAAUCUCACUCAUCAAACAAAACCCUAAAUUCGAUUGGAUUGGGAUGAGUGCAGCGAUGACAAGCGUGGACAGAGCAAAAGUAGAGUCGGCGAAAUCGUUCAAGAGAUGGGGCAGGAGGCACCCGUUCAUCCGGUACGGACUUCCGAUGAUCUCCCUCACCGUGUUCGGCGCCGUCGGCCUCGCCCAUCUCAUCCAAGGCAGCAAAGACAUCGUCAAGUUCAAAGACGACCAGGAAUGGGAGAUCAUCGAGACCCGCAAAGCCCUUUCCAGAACCGGACCACUAAACGCCUACAACCCCAAGAAAAUUUCACUCGACCAAGAGCUCAAGGCUUUGCAGGAGAAGGUGGACAUUAACAACUACGAUUACAAGAGGAUUCCGCGCCCAAAUGAAGAUAAGUCACACUAGUUUGUGUUAGUGUUGGGUUUUUUUUUGUAAUAGUUGUGUUGGGUUUGUGUAACUGUAAUGGCACUGAUUUCAAUGAAUAACAGUUUUGACACCAUGUUUGAUGGUUGAGGAGCUUUA